UAUCAGCCGCGCGCUCGCUGGGCCUCACGGCUCGCCGCUACUUUGAUCUCGCGAAUCUCGCGAUUCACGCCUCUCUCGUGAAAUCGGUACAGUUAUUGCGACGUCAUUCGAGAGUUCUCCGUAAGCCAGGAAGAAUGUAAAUUUUUCGCUCUCCGACCGAUCACGAAUCUAAAUCUAACAAUAAGAUAAUUAAUGCGCUAACGUGUACAAGAUUUUAUUUGAAACUCGUCGAGAGAGAGGGAGGGAGGGAGAGAGAGAGAGCUCUGAAUCUCCUGUCAGUCACUUUGACAAUACGGAAAUGGACAAUAUGAAGAAUACGAUUUUGCAUCCUGAGUUGUAAAUUUGGAGUGGUUUAGCGAAAGUGCACGCGUGCGCGACAUUAAGAUGUGACUUUGUUGGUGAUGGUGCGGUGAUUUUCUCACAUUGCUAACGACCGUUCUAACAAUACGCCAAUUGUUUUACGCUCAGAUCUUAAAUUGUCUUGAAACGCUUCCGUGACCUCGGACUUGCAGACUUCUUAUCAAAUGACCGUAAGUUUCCUGGUGAGUGCAUCCUCACAUACAUGGAGUUUCAGUUGGAUAGCGCAGAAUACUGCCAGGCUCAACACAAAUAGAGAGACACGCCCAUACUCCCUGACAAUUAUUAGAUAUCGUUAGAGCAGGAAAGAGGGGAAAAUCUUGGAAACAUCUUGGAGAGGGAGGAAGAAAGAUAUUUAAGUAGUAGAGAAUUAUCACAUCGGGGAAGCCAGAAAGAUCAUCAACUAGUCAUCACGCAAGACAUAGAAGAAUUUAAUAGAAAUUUAUUAAUUUACCUUAGUAGAUGCAAGCAUCGUAGAUACUGAGCGCACCUGUCACAGGGAGCACCCAGUGCCAAAUAGGUAAUCUUCCGUGAAUUAUAGUCGAAAAGUCUCAAGUGGGAAGAAUUAAAGCGCAUAUCAACACCGCCUAAUGUAACGUAGCCCUUACUUUUUCGGCCAAGUUCGCACCCCGACGACCCUACCUAAAAUCUACAUGUAAAACCCACGGUUCUGUCCUCUGUAAAAAAAUAAAAUAUCUAUUAAUUAAAUGAAAAACAACUUUAUAAGACUGACAUUUAAUGGGCUAAGUUGUCAAAUCCAGCCUUUGUCGCUUCGUGUAGUGUGGCACGCGUACGAGAUUCUAAGAGACAAGUUGUACAAGAUCUUUAAGAGUUAAAAACAAUAAGAGAGGGUACAGAUAUAUAACCAUCUCUGCGGUUAACAAGGAAAUGAGCAACAUGAGGGUAAAGGAUAUCAGACCGGCGCCCGCCGAGAUUGAAUACAAAAACAUGAAGUUCCUCAUUACUGAUCGGCCCAAUGAUCAAACCAUCCAUACCUUUAUUCAAGAACUGAAAAAGCACAAUGUAAAGGAGGUGGUGAGAGUCUGCGAACCAACGUACAAAGUAGAGGAACUCAAAUCAGAGGGGAUCAAUGUGAUAGAUUUGGUAUUCGACGAUGGUACAUUUCCACCGAACGAGGUGGUGGAUGAAUGGUUUGAGUUGCUAAAGAACCGAUUCCGAGAAUCACCUGACGCGUGUGUGGCGGUGCAUUGUGUCGCGGGUCUUGGUAGAGCGCCAGUUUUGGUUGCGAUAGCUCUCAUCGAACUUGGGCUCAAGUUCGAAGAUGCUGUUGCCCUUAUCAGAGAAAAAAGACGAGGCGCCAUAAACGCGAAGCAGUUAACUUUUCUUGAAAAGUAUCGUCCUAAGUCUCGAUUGAAGCUCAAGAACGGACAAAAAAAUUCCUGCUGCAUCCAAUAGAUCAAAGAACUUUUAGAAAAGGGGAAGAGAAGAUGAAAAAAAAUUCACCAAUUCAUACUGAUUGGUAUAAAUGUGUAGAAUUUUGCGCCUGACAACAAGUGGCAUAUUGUAGCAAAUCUGUUCUGAGUGGUCUAUCACUGGAAAUGCAACGGUAAUAAGUAUCAACCAAUUUUGAGGCAUAUUUUGCAUUAUCUAAUUUUAUAUUCCGAAAGGAGCCAUUAACGAUGGGAAAAUUCGCUUCAAAAUCGUUGCUAUUUCCUUUUAAAAUGAACUGUUAUUUUUGAUACUUGAUCAAUAUUGACCAUGGAAGAACAAAAGUUAAGUCUUGAAAUGGUAAUAACUAUCUUUUAAAAAAAAUGAUUGACUAUAUUAUUGCCAUUUAGCCUUACUGAUUUGUAAAUCGUGACGCGAGAAUUAUUCGCACAUGUACAAAUUCGUACAUUAUGUAAUAUAUAUCUCAUCUUUUUCUCGAUACGAGACCAAUAUUCUUUAUAAACAAUUGUAAAUGAAAAGGAAAAUAUUGAUUUAUCUAAUUAGAGAAAUGAAAAAUGUAGGGAAAUUGUAAUUGUAAUGAAUGUAACACAUCCAUACAUUAUCGAUUUGUUAUUUCAUUACGAUAUUAAAUUAUGUUGCGCGUGUGAUACACACAUACGCAGAGAGGGAGAGGGGGAGAGAGAGAGUAAGAGAGCGCGCGAAAGAGAGAGAAUAUUUACAAUUUAUUAAAUUAAAUUUCAGGGUAAAAUAAGAUUAUUAUAAAGAAACAAAUGCGUUUCUUUAUACAAAUGUCAAGAUGUGUAAAACUAGAAUCCGAAUCAGAAUUAAUGUCUAUAUACAAUUCUUUUUAAAGACAUUUUCUUUUUAAAGAAAAUAUAUCAAGGCAAUCUGCUUUGAAUGUCAAAUAUAAUACUACUCUUUAGGAAGAUUUUAUAUACAUUUUCCGCAGCAUGCGCUCGAAAUAAAAUGAAGAUACGUGUAUAUGUAUUCUUUUCAAAGAACGGCUUUCUUCAGAAAGCUAUUUUCGAAACGAUGUAUCAGCCACAACUUUGCAAAAAUAUGAAAUUCCGAGAUGCUCGACAUCAAAAUUAUUUUUAUACCGAAUCAAGACAUAAUAAAAGAUUAUUAAUUUUACGCUAAAGGAGUACGUAUGCAUGUUAAAUGCAUCACACUUGCAAAACAUGAUAUUGUAAUGUACUAAACUACUAUCUUCUUUUUCUUUUUUUCUUCUAUUUUUAUCACAUGCAUUGUGUAUAUACGGAAUUCUGUUAAUUACAACUGACAUUGAUUUUAAUUAACAAAACAUUAGCAAUAAUUUAUGCUUGGAUUACACAUUUUAAUAUUUGGCAGAAAUAUUUGAUAGAUAACACUGUGCAGCAUUAGAGCUAUAAGAUAUUUCAAAUUAAAUUUCUUUAAUUUGAAGAACAAAAGAGAAAGAUAUUGCGUUGCAUUUCCAAUGGCAUGCCGAAUCGCUGAUGGAUGUUUUUAACUCUUAUUGGACUUGGAAUCUGCGUUAACUUGAAUGAUGGAUAAUGAGAAACUAAUGUGAAGCAAAUCACUCCAGAGCUGUAUAUCACGUAUUACCGUAGCUCAAUGACAAUUUUACCAAAAUCUUUGCAUAUCUAACUUUUAGUCAAAGUAGAUUUUUCAAUCUGAUACAAGCAUAUUAUGUAAAGUCAUCAUCGUCUUCUGUCUUGGUAAAAUUGUCAAUGAUGCUGUGUACGCCACACUAAACUGUGUUCAAAGGAUAGAAAAAUUCACUCGUAAAAUAAUAACAAAUGUAAUAAUACUUAAAACAUUUCACGCGUGUCUGCUGAUUUCAUGUGAAUGUACGUUACUUUGUAUUCGUAUGUUGUCCUUGCUUCUGAUUGUCCUGCUCAACAAUGGGUGCGUUCCGGAAAUGAAACUAUUGCACAAUGGUUACGCGGCAAUAAAGUCUUGUUGCUGUAUAACGCUACGUUCAACCAAGUAAAUUUAAUUGCUGCGAGACACCCGAGAUACCCGCCGCACUGUCGAGCACCAGAACGACAGUGUCAACAAUGAUUACGUAUCGUUACACGUUUGUUAAUCGUGUAUUGGCAAUUUACCUCUUCUAACAAACGAUGACUAAACAGAAUCGAUUGGUAAUCGAUUACUUACUUGCAAUUAGCUACUAAAUAAACGACAAGAGACAACUUUAA